GACUCCCAAACAAACAAACUCAAGAACAACUGAAUGACAUAGGAUCAUCUCUCUCUCUCUCUCUCUCUCUCUCUCUCUCUCUCUCUCUCUCUCUCUCUCUCUCUCUCUCUCUCUCCCUCCCUCCCUCCCUCUCUCUCCCUUUGUUGAGUUAUGGGGGAAGUUCAUGAAGAGUGCAUAACAGGGCCAUCAAACAUCAUGUCUCAAGAAGCUAAACCAGCAGUUCCAUCUGGAGAUACAAAUGCCAGAAGAAAUCUCCGACCAGGCUUCUCGCUUAAGCGAUACAGUUGGUGGAUCCAGAUGAUCAUCUAUUCCGUCUUUGUACUCUGUGGCCAGUCUGUGGCCACGCUCCUGGGAAGACUUUACUAUGACAAAGGCGGAAACAGCAAAUGGAUGUCAACACUAGUUCAAACAGUAGGCUUUCCGGUUCUUGUACCUUUCAUCUUUCUGGCAUCAAAUGAAAAACAACAUUCAGAAGAGACCAACAGGAGAAAAUAUUCCCCUAUACUCAUGGUUUCGCUUUUUAUCUUCCUCGGUGUAUUCCUUGCUGCAGACUGCAUGUUAUACUCAAUAGGCCUUCUGUACCUCCCGGUCUCAACCUAUACUCUCGUAUGUGCAAGUCAGCUAGGCUUCAACGCGUUCUUUUCUUAUUUCCUCAAUGGCCAAAAGUUGACUGCUUUUAUAAUAAAUUCUUUAGUCCUGCUCACCAUUUCUUCAGUACUCCUUGUUUUCUCACCUGAUGAUUCUUCGGGUUCAAGUGCCACGAAAGGAAAGUAUGCAAUUGGAUUCAUCUGCACUCUAGCUGCCUCAGCUGGAUAUGCUCUGAUGCUCUCCGUGACACAGCUUGCCUUCCGUAAGGUUCUGAGAAACAGUAGUGUUCGGAUGGUGGUGAAGUUGAUUGUCUACCAAAGUGCAAUUGCAACUGUUGUCAUACUUAUAGGGCUCUUUGCGAGUGGUGAAUGGAAGACUUUAACCAAAGAAAUGGAAAACUUCAAGCUAGGAAAUCUCUCCUACUUGAUGACUUUGAUUUGGAUCUCAAUUACAUGGCAAAUUUUCAAUGUGGGAGCUGUAGGACUCAUCUACAAGAUAUCUUCUCUGUUCUCCAAUGUGAUCAGUACUCUGGCAUUGCCUAUUGUUCCUGUUGUGGCCGUCUUUACUUUCAAUGACAAGAUGAAUGGAGUGAAGGUGAUUUCUAUGGUUUUGGCUAUAUGGGGAUUCACAUCAUAUUUAUAUCAGCACUAUGUUGAUGAUUUGGAGAUCAAGGCAAUAGCUGAGAAUGCUAGCAAAGUUUCAGAUGAAAGAAAUGUUAAUCAAGUUUCUGCAAUUCCUCUAGUGGAAAGAUGACAUGGAUUUUAUAGGGAGUGAAACUAUGUAAAACUUGAAUGUUCAAGACUGUUUUUAAAGAUAGUUGAUCAACAAAA